AUGGAGGAAGCCUCGCUGCUCGGCGGGGUACCCAGCCCCGAGGAGGAGAUGGUGACCGAGCUGUUCAGCCCAGAGAGUCCGUUCGUGUCGGAAAACCUCGCCCCGAAGCCGCCAGCCGUGGUGAAGCAUGAGGAGGACGAGUUCCACGUGUUCCAGGACGCCUACCUGGGCCCGGCCGAGCCCCAGGAGCCCCUCCUGCACGCGUUCAGCCCCGCGCUGGGCGGGGACGGCGCGGGCAAGGUCAAGGUGGAGCUGCUGGUGGACGCCAGCGACGAGGAGGAGGCCCUGGGCGAGUACCCGGGGCUGCCCGAGCUCACCCCGCUGGACGACGCCGCGCUGCCCGCCCCGCAGCCCGCCUACAACGUGCACUUCCUGCCCUCGCUGCUGCCCCCGCACCGCAGCCCCGCGGUCGUGCCGCUGGGCGCCUGGGCCCGGGAAGGAGCCGCCCACCCUGGGGUCCGGGUGAUUCCAGUUGAACUAAAGGAAGCAGGCGGGACUCUGACAAGUAACAAUCCAGAGGAGACAACUCUUCAGAAUCCUCUUGCUCAGGAAUCGUGCUGCAAGUUCCCAUCGUCCCAAGAACCAGAGGACGCCUCUGGCUGUUCUUACAAGAAAGACUUGAACCCAAUGGUGAUAUGUCAGUUGAAAGGGGGUACACAGAUGCUGUGUAUAGACAACUCUGGCACGAGAGAACUAAAAGCACUUCAUUUGGUUCCUCAGUAUCAAAACCAAAAUAAUUAUCUACAGUCAGAUGUCUCAAAACCAAUGACUACUUUAGUAGGAAGAUUUUUGCCAGUACCAGCAAAAUUAAAUCUCAUUACACAACAACUUGAUAACGGAGCCUUACCAUCUGUAGUCAACGGAUCUGCUUUCCCCUCGGGAUCAGCUCUUCCAGGACCACCAAAAAUAACUUUGGCUGGGUACUGCGAUUGCUUUGCCAGUGGGGACUUUUGCAACAACUGCAAUUGUAAUAAUUGUUGCAACAAUUUGCGUCAUGAAAUCGAACGGUUUAAAGCCAUUAAGGCAUGUCUUGAUAGAAAUCCAGAAGCUUUCCAGCCAAAAAUCGGGAAAGGCAAGUUGGGAGACGUGAAGCCUAGACAUAACAAGGGCUGUAACUGUAAGAGAUCAGGCUGCCUUAAGAAUUACUGCGAGUGCUAUGAGGCCAAAAUUAUGUGUUCUUCUAUUUGCAAAUGCAUUGGCUGCAAAAAUUAUGAAGAAAGCCCAGAACGAAAAUCUCUAAUAAACAUGCCAAACUACAUGGAGACUGGAGGUUUCGAAGGCAGCCAUCAUUUGUCACCAACUAAACUUUCAGGACUUCCCAAAUUCAGCAAAGAUAGGCGACCUUCCUCCUGCAUCUCCUGGGAGGUGGUGGAGGCCACCUGUGCCUGCCUGCUGGCUCAGGGCGAGGAGGCGGAGAAGGAACGGUGCUCCCAGUGCCUGGCGGAGCAGAUGAUCCUGGAGGAAUUUGGAAGGUGCUUAUCACAGAUUCUGCACAUUGAAUUUAAAUCCAAGGGGCUGAAAAUUGAGUAG